AUGACCUGCAACGCCGAUGAGAAAGGCUGUGUGGACAAAGUGGCAUUGCAGCUUGAAAGCGGUGUGGUAAGCACUAGCCUGCAAGAAGAUAUCAAGGAGCCAGCAGAGGACGUCAAAGGAUCCAGCAAGAUUGAAAACACUCAAUUCUUGAUGGUUCUCGCAAGAGCAAUCGUUGUAUUUGCAGGUCCACAUUGCAGUUCCACAGCAGCAUCUAUGAACAUACAAAAGGAUCGGCGGCGUAGUGCAAAACGCAGUCCCUUAAUUGCUGUGCACGCAAUAACCAAUUCUAUGAGCCGCAUUGACUCACCUACCUAG